AUGUAUUCUUGUGCAUAUUGUAAUAGAGAUUUCAGGGCAUAUGAGCACAUGGUGCAGCAUAUGUAUGCAAAACAUUAUUCCAAAUGUGAUUGCUGUGGCGAUUACUUUGCAUGUAUGGAAGAAAGAGAUGGUCAUGAGAGACAAGUCCAUCUAUUUGAGUCUCCACAUUGUGAUAGGCUUUUCAGAGCACAUCAGCACAUGGAGCAGCAUAUGUUUGCAAAACAUUAUUGUAAAUGCAAUUACUGUGACGAUCGCUUUCUAUCUAUUGAAGAAAGAGAUGAUCAUGAUAGACAGGUACAUCUAACAUUUGAGUGUCCGUAUUGCAAUAGGCUUUUCAGGGCAGUUAGGCAUAUGAAGCGGCAUAUGUUUUCAGCACAUUCCAAAUGCAAUUACUGUGACGAUUACUUUGCAUCUACUGAAGAAAGAGAUGAUCAUGAGAGACAGGUCCAUCUAUUUGAGUGUCCAUAUUGUGAUAGACUUUUCAGGGCAGAAGAGCAUAUGGAGGAGCAUAUUAAUGACCAACAUCGUUUUGAAUGCGAUCACUGUGGUGAUUACUUCAUAUCUGUUGAAGAACGAGAUGAUCACUACAGACAGGUCCAUCUAUUUGAGUGUCCAUAUUGUGAUAGACUUUUUAGGGCAGAUCAGCAUAUGCAGCAGCAUAUUAAUGAUAAACAUUAUUAA